GCAGCAGGCAGCGGCAUCAUAUAUCACAGUCUCCAAAAGGUGAGACCAAACACCAGCUCAACGGCAUCUUUCAGUUCUCAUCCAACAAUGGCAACAACAUUCACAUCUUUCACAACUACAAAUGUUGUUCUCAAACAUCCAAAUUCAUCACAUAGUUUCUCUAACAUGUCUGAUAACGCUGUCUCUCUGGGGUUCCUCUGUCCUAAGCCCCACCAUCUGUCAUUGCUUCGCCCCAAUUUGAGAAGCAAACUAAAGUUGAAACCUUUUUCCAUUUCUAGAACAACCCAUUUGAAGGUUUCACAAGAUUCACUUACACCGACUCAAGAAUCACUCUCUUCUUCAUUACAAAAUGAUUUGCUCAUCGUGGGUCCAGGUGUUCUUGGUCGCUUGGUAGCUCAGAAAUGGCAACAGGAAAUUCCGGGUUGUCAAGUUUAUGGGCAAACAAUGACAACUGAUCAUCACAAUGAGUUGAUUCAAAUGGAUAUUAAUCCAUCUUUGAAGUGGACAGAAGCCACUCACAAAUUUCCAAAUGUCUUAUAUUGUGCACCACCUUCCCGGACCGCAGAUUAUGCUGAGAACAUUAGGCUAGCUGCAUUAAGCUGGAAUGGCGAAGGUUCUUUUGUAUUUACGUCAAGCAGUGCUCCAUAUGAUAUUAAUGAUAACGGACCGUGUGAUGAGGAUGCUCCGGUUGUGCCAAUUGGGAGAAGCCCCAGGGUUGACAUUCUUCUAAAAGCUGAAAAUGUGGUACUCGAGUUUGGCGGCUGUGUUCUAAGAUUGGCAGGGCUUUAUAAAGCAGAUAGAGGUGCCCACAAUUAUUACUUAGAAAAGGGCAUUGUUGAUAGUCGUCCCGAUCACAUCCUGAAUCUUAUACAUUAUGAGGAUGCAGCUUCCCUCUUAGUUGCAAUCUUGAAGAAAAAAUUCCGUAAACAGAUUUUCUUGGGUUGUGAUAACCAUCCUUUGUCUAGGCAAGAAAUGAUGGAUCUGGUUAAUAGAAGUGGUAAAUUCAGUAAACAUUUUUCCAAGUUUAAUGUAACUGAUGGCCCUCUAGGUAAGAGAUUAAACAACACAAGGACACGUCAGGAAGUCGGCUGGGAGCCUAAGUACCCUAGUUUUGCUCAUUUUCUAGCGAGCAUGUGACAGAAUCCUAAAUGUAUCUUUAAUGCGGAAAAAACAAUAGAGAUGUAUAUUAGGGAAUGCUUGCUGCAGAUGGAAAGUUCAUACACGCCUAAAAUAUGAACUGUGUAUAUUUUCCUAUUUCUUCACAUUUGACAUUGUUUUGAACUUGGAUUUGAGCAUGAAGGUAACCCAUUUUUAUUUUUGUUUUUACGCUUACUUAUAGUUAUACAUACAUGGUGAGAGUUCAGUUCUUAGCUUGUAGAGUAUACACAAUUGCUUCAUUUACUAUUCUCUAAUCAGUACAAAACGGAAUCAAUAAAGCAGGGAUGCAUAUACUCCCAUACUAA